ACUUAGUCACCUCUUAGAGCACUCGGAGAAUAGAGCGACACUGGUGACGCAUGUGUAGCAUCAACGAUAUCCAGAUCGUCAAGACGUCAUCUUUCGCAGCUGUCUCGGUUGUAAGUAUGUUUGUUAAGUAGAACAUACCCGCACAAAUCACAACCCCCUUCUUCAACAUCAACAUCAUAACUGUAAACCCACCAUGUCGACGCAAAUCUACAACUUCAAGACCGCCCUCGUCACAGGCGGAGGCGGCGGAAUCGGCAAAGCCCUCUCCCAGCAACUGAUCAAAGACGGGAAAAAAGUCAUCAUCGCAGGCCGCACAGAGUCGAACUUGAAAACCGCAGCAAAAGAACUAGGCGCCGCAGCAUACUACGUCCUCGACACCGGCGACACGAGCUCGAUCCCAAAGUUCGUAGAGAAGCUAAUCGCCGAGCACCCCGACGUCGACUGCCUGAUCAACAACGCCGGCGUGCAGCGCCCGCUCGACAUCAACAAAGUCGAGAUCAGCGAGUUCACGCAGAAAGCCGACCAGGAAAUCGACAUCAAUAUCCGCGGGCCCAUGCACCUCGCGCUACACAUGCUGCCGCACCUGCGCUCCAAGUCCACGGCGCUGAUCGUCAACGUAUCGUCCAGUCUGGGCUUCGUGCCGUUCUCCGUCAUGACGCCCGUGUACUGCGGGACGAAGGCGUGGGUGCACUUCUGGAGCGUGAAUCUGCGGCAGCAGCUCAAGGAUUCGAAUGUGAGGGUUGUGGAGAUUGCGCCGCCGAUGGUGGGCACGGAUUUGCAUCGCGAUAAGGAGGAUCCGGAUGAUAAUAAGAAGGAGAAGAAUCCGGUGAGUCUGGAUGUGGGGGAGUUUAUUGAGGAGGUGGUGGGUAAGUGGAAGGAAGGGAGGGAGAUGAUUAGUGCGGGGCCUGGGAAUGAGGUUGUGCAGGAGUGGGAGCAGGGGAUGGGGAAGAGUAAUGUAUGUGAUGACUCGGCCUCGGAAGACGACAUGACGCACGACGAGCUCAGCGCCCUCGAACCGACAACACAGGCCAAGCCCGCCGGGCGCAAGUCGCGUACAACGCCCGCGCAAACGAAAACAUCCGCGCCCGCGACAAAAGCGGCGGCGAAGGGUCGGCCAGUGGCGCGUCGAGUGAGCGGCGGCAGUACCAUGGGCGUGAAGAAGAGCAGCAAGAAGGCGCCUGCUAAGAGCGGUCGCAAGGCGGUUGCGGCGCGCACAAACGGGAACGCGAGCGACACGGAGGAAGUGGACGAGUUUGACGAGAUCCAAGAUGCCGCGCCUGUGGAAGCGCCGAAGCCCGCCAAGAGGGGACGGCCGGCGAAGACGAAGAAGGCGCCGGAAGAGGUUGAGGAUGAGGAGGAAGUCGCAGAUGAGCCAGCGCCCGCGAAGAAGACGCGCAAAGCACCCGCGAAGGAGACCAAGGCGAAGACGGUCACUAAGUCGAAAGCGACGAAACGCGCGCCAGUGCAUGAGCCGGAGCCGGAAACUUUCACUAUCCCCGAGACACAGCCAGAGCCUGAUCCCGACCCAAUGGACCUGUCCGAGUCGAUCGAGGUGGAUGACAUGGACGAGAUACCAGAGAGUAUGCCUCCCCCGCCGCGACCAUCAGCACGGCGCACACAACCACAGCCCAGCAGACCAAGGCAGCCGUCAACAGGUCCGCGUCGAGCAGGAAGCGCCUCAGACUCUGAACGCGACCCAGCUCUGCGGCGGAAAGUCGGCGAUCUGAACAAAAAGCUGGAGGCUAUGACGGUCAAGUACGAAGCGUUGAGGGACGCAGCCACAUCAGGGCGGGAAUCCAACUUCGACCAGCUCAAGAAGCGGACCGAUCAGACAGCGAAGGACCAAGACACAGUGAUAAAAGCCCUGCGAUCCCAACUCUCAGACCUCCACUCCCGCACCGCAGACCUCACAGCAAUGAAACAACAAAUCGCCUCCCUCACAAAAGAAACCACCCGCCUAGACGCAGACAACAAAAAACUCUCCUCCGCCCUCACAACAGCACACAGCGAGUCGAAAGCCCUAUCCCACAAGCUCGCCGCCGCGCGCCAGCCCACAGACUCCUCCUCCAAGCCCGCCGUGCCCGGCAGCGCCAUGAAACCGCGCUCCACGGGCGUCGUGCUCCCGGGCACCGUCGAAGCGGCGAAGGAAGCUCAGCUCGCGAAGCAGAAAGUCGAUCUUUAUAGCGAUUUGACGAAUCUCGUUGUGUUGGGUAUGCGGCGCAACGACGACGACGAAGAUGUAUACGAUUGUCUGCAGACGGGGCGGAAUGGGACACUGCACUUCCACCUCAGCGUCGCCCCGCAGGACUCUUCGUCUUCGUACGAGGACACCGAGUUCGUCUACCAGCCGCUGCUGGAUGAACAGCGCGAUCGCGAGUUGCUGGAUUUGUUGCCGGAUUAUCUUACCGAGGAGAUUUGUUUCCCGCGGGGCCAGGCGGCGAAGUUUUAUGCUAAGGUUGUGGAUUGUAUGGGGAGGAGGAUUGUGCUUGAGGAUGACUGAUUGGGUGGGUGGGUGGUUGGUUGGGGGAGUGGUGUGUGAAACCUGGUGUUUUUUGGGGGAGAUUGUCGUUUCUAUGUGGUGUGCGGU